AUGGAGCUCUUCGAGACCAACCCUUAUUUUUUCCCGGACCAGAGGUUUUACGAUGGGGAAAAUUUCCUGGGCUCCCGCUUGCAGGGGUACGAGCCGGCGGCGUUCCCCGAUCGGCCCGAGGUGGCCCUGUGUCCUGAGGGCAGGGUGGCUUUGGAGGAGAAGGACUCAGCCCUGCCCGAGCACUGUCCCGGGCAAUGCCUGCCCUGGGCCUGCAAGGUCUGCAAGCGGAAGACGGUCUCCAUCGACCGGCGGCGGGCAGCCACCCUGCGGGAAAAACGCAGGUUGAAGAAGGUGAACGAAGCCUUCGAGGCGCUGAAGCGCAGCACCCUGCUCAACCCCAACCAGCAGCUGCCCGCGGCCAGCGAGUGCGGGUCCGGCAGCUCGUCCUGCAGCCCCGAGUGGAGCAGCCAGCUGGAGUUCGGCACCAACCCUGCGGAUCACCUCCUGGCCGACGACGCGGCGGAGGACCGCAACCUCCACUCGCUCUCCUCCAUCGUGGAAAGCAUCGCUGUGGAGGACGUGGCUGUGACGUUCCAGGAGGAGCGGGUUCAAAACUGA